CAUUUUUUCCGGAAAGCCUAAACGUGCAGAAAAAGAAAAGAAAUGGCAAAUAAAAAGAAAAAACGGAAAAAGAGAAAAUCUGCCAAUUUGCGUCUUCGUUUUGCUCCUUUUUUUUCAUAGUACCUCCAUCUAUUUAACGGGAUUCAAUUCCUGUGACCAGUUUCCCACAGUUUACUGCUUUUUUUUCUUGGAAAAGACAUCCUUCGGCGAUCCUUCAAUCCUUCUUUCUACUCUCUUCUUCUCCUUCUGUUUGAUAGAACACUUUCUCGAAGUCUUGUUCCCACAACACUCACUCCAUCUCAAACAGACAAAUACAGCAAGCAUGGCAAACAAAACUGAAGGUGGUAACGCUGCGUUCCACAAUUUCAUGAAUGACUUUGCCGACGUCGAUGAUCCUCUUGAAAGAAAGAGACUGGCAUUGGAGGCAAUCGACAAUGCUCCUUUUGGAUGGUACCACGUCAGAACUAUCAUGGUCGGUGGUGUCGGUUUCAUGACCGACGCUUACGACAUUUUCUCUGUCAACCUUGGUGUCUCGUACAUGGCGUACGCAUUCUGGGGCAACAAGAUGCCAUCCUCAACGGAGACGUUGAUCAAGGUUUCGACCUCCGUGGGUACUGUGAUUGGCCAAUUGGGGUUUGGUUAUCUAGCUGAUGCAUUGGGUAGAAAAUCCGUCUACGGUGUCGAGUUGAUGAUUAUGAUUUCCGCCACCAUCUUGCAAUGUACCGCCUCCCAUUCUCCUGCCAUAUCCUUCCCUGCUAUCCUUACCUUCUACAGAAUCAUCAUGGGUAUCGGUAUCGGUGCAGACUACCCUUUGUCUUCUAUCAUCACUUCUGAAUUUGCCACCACCAAGUGGAGAGGUGCCAUCAUGGGUGCCGUCUUUGCCAACCAGGGUUGGGGUCAAUUUCUUGCUGGCGUUGUUGCAAUGAUUUGCGUUGCGGGUUACAAAAAUGUCUUGAGCGUCAAUUCUGCUGCAGAAUGUGGUGCAGAGUGUAUCAGAGCCUGUGACCAAAUCUGGAGAAUCAUCAUCGGUAUGGGUGCUGUUCCUGGUAUGAUUGCACUAUACUUCAGAAUGACUAUCCCAGAAUCUCCAAGAUUUACAAUGGACGUUGAAGGAGACCUGGAAAAGGCCACCGCUGAUACUGCCAAAUUCGCAUCUGGUCAACACGGCAAUGCUUCCAAUACUGACAUUGAAUUAUUAAAACCAUCCGAAGCCACCGAAAAGGAAGAAGAAUACUCUAGUCAAAAUGCACAAGAAUUGGGCCCUCCAAAAGCUUCUUUCAAGGAUUUUAUCAGCCAUUUUAGACAAUGGAAACACGGUAAGAUCUUGUUGGGUACUGCUGGUUCUUGGUUCAUGUUGGAUGUGGCGUACUAUGGCUUGGGUUUGAACACCGCUAGUAUCUUAGAAUCUAUUGGUUUUGCAUCCUCCGACCACGUCUACACCUCAUUAUACAACCAAGCUGCUGGUAACUUGAUUUUGGUUUGUGCCGGUACUAUCCCAGGUUACUGGGUAACUGUCGCAACAGUUGACACAAUUGGUAGAAAGCCAAUCCAGAUCAUGGGUUUUAUUAUUUUGACCAUUUUGUUCUGUAUCAUCGGUUUUGGAUUUGAGAAAGUCGGUGCACACGGUAGAUUUGCACUCUAUAUUAUUGCUCAGUUUUUCCAGAAUUUUGGUCCAAAUACCACAACUUUCAUUGUCCCUGGUGAAUGCUACCCAACUAGGUACAGAUCCACCGCCCAUGGUAUGUCCGCUGCAUCCGGCAAAAUAGGUGCCAUCAUUGCACAAACUUGUAUUGGUACCUUGAAAGACCGUGGGUGUGCUGCAAAGGGUUUGGCAAAGGGUUGCUGGUUAAACCACGUUAUGGAGAUCUUUGCCCUAUUUAUGUUAUUGGGUAUCUUCACUUCUUUCUGCAUCCCAGAAACUAAGAGAAAAACAUUAGAACAAUUGGCUGAAGAGUUGCACGGUGAAGUUGAUUUGACCAAGAGAAGAGAGGCAACAGAAAUCCAAGACCCUCAAACUUCUUCUUACUUGGAGCAAGGCCAUCAAAGCAUGGCUUAAAAAAGUUUUCGUUUUUCUAAUUCAAGUAUCAGAACUCGUUCAUUCCAGUCUAUUCUUUGGCAUUUUACGUUUAGAUUUACAUUUACAUUUUCAUAUUCUGCUAUUUUACUAGUUACGCUUUAGUUCAGGUUUUCUCUUCAUUCAUUUUUUCUUGGUUGUUUUUUCCACUCUUAUUUAUUAAUACGG